CGUCGCGAUGCUGCUGCGCCUGCUGCUGGCCUGGGCGGCUGCGGUGCCCACCCUGGGCCAGGCCCCCUGGGCCACGGAGCCGCGCGCCGCCUGCGGCCCGGGCAGCUGUUACGCGCUCUUCCCGCGGCGCCGCACCUUCCUGGAGGCCUGGCUGGCCUGCCGCGAGCUUGGGGGCGACCUGGCCACGCCGCGGACCCCCGAGGAGGCCCAGCGCGUGAACAGCCUGGUGGGCUCCGGUCCGGCCAGCUGGCUGCUGUGGAUCGGGCUGCAGCGGCAGGCCCGGCAAUGCCAGCCGCAGCGCCCACUGCGUGGCUUCACAUGGACCACGGGGGACCAGGACACAGCCUUCACCAACUGGGCCCAGCCAGCCACGGGCGGGCCCUGCCCGGCCCAGCGCUGUGCGGCCCUUGAGGCAAGUGGCGAGCAUCGCUGGCUCGAGGGCUCGUGCACGCUGGCCGUCGAUGGCUACCUGUGCCAGUUCGGCUUUGAGGGCUCCUGCCCAGCGCUGCCUGGUGAGGCGGGCCAGGCCGGCCCAGCAGUCUACACCACGCCUUUCCACCUGGUCUCCACCGAGUUUGAGUGGCUGCCCUUUGGCUCCGUUGCUGCCGUGCCGUGCCAGGCUGGCAGAGAAGCCUCCCUGCUCUGUGUGAAGCAGCCCGACGGUGGUGUGGGCUGGUCACGGGCUGGGCCCUUGUGCCCUGGUACUGGCUGCGGCCCCGACAACGGGGGCUGUGAACACGAGUGUGUGGAGGAGGUGGAUGGUCGGGUGUCCUGUCGCUGCACCGAGGGCUUCCGGCUGGCGGUGGAUGGGCACAGCUGCGAGGACCCCUGUGCCCAGGCCCCAUGUGAGCAGCAGUGUGAGCCUGGUGGGCCACAGGGCUACAGCUGCCACUGUCGCCUGGGUUUCCGGCCAGCCGAGGAUGAGCCACACCGCUGCGUGGACACAGAUGAGUGCCAGAUCGCAGGCGUGUGCCAGCAGAUGUGUGUCAACUACGUCGGUGGCUUUGAGUGCUACUGCAGUGAGGGCCACGAGCUUGAGGCCGAUGGCAUCAGCUGCAGCCCUGCUGGGGCCAUGGGUGCCCGGGCUUCUCAGGACCUUGGGGACGAGUUGCUGGAUGACGGGGAGGAUGAAGAGGAUGAAGAUGAGUCCUGGGAGGCCUUUGAUGGUGGCUGGACAGAGAUGCCUGGGAUCCCGUGGAUGGAAGCCACGCAGUCGUCUGACUUUGGCCUGGCCUAUAGACCUAGCUUCCCAGAGGAUGGAGAGCCACGGAUGCCCUACCUGGAUCCCACCUGGCCACCCCCGCUUAGUGCUCCCAGGGUCCCCUACCUCUCCUCAGUGCUCUCUAUCACCCGGCCUGUGGUAGUCUCUGCCACACGCCCCACACUGCCUUCAGCCCACCAACCCCCUAUUAUCUCUGCCACACGCCCACCCCUGGCCCCUGCCCCUCAGCCCCCUUUGAUCCCUGCCAUGCAUCCAUCUUUGCCCUCUGACCACCAGUUCCCCAUGAUUUCGGCCAAAUAUCCAGAUCUGCCUUCAGCCCACCAACCUCCUGUUAUCUCUGCCACAUACCCAGGACCAACCCCUGCCCACCAGCCCCCAAUUAUCUCAGCCAAAUAUCCCGAACUGCCCCCUGCUCACCAAUCCCCCAUGUUUCCAGAUACCCAGGCCAUUGAUACCCAGACCACCACUCAUUUGCCUCGAAUCCCAGCUAACCACACCCUUCUGAUCACCACCUCCAGUCCCCAUCCACCCAGUGUGACUCCAGAUGUCCCAGUCCUCAAAGCCAAGGCCCCCCACCUUCCCAUUACUUCUACUGUCCAGCCUUUUCUGACCACUACCUCCAAGUCCCCUGUACUCCCUGCCCAUCAAGUCCCUGUGCCUGCUGCCACCCAGGCCCCAGCUUUCCACACUUCUCUGCCUGGUCAGAGCCCCACUAACCAGACCUCACUCACCAGCCCUACACACCCCCAUUCCAAAGCCCCACAAGUCCCAAGGGAAGGGGCCCCUGACCCUAGUCUGACCCCAUGGCUGCCCUCAGCAGCUCCCACAGCUGCCCCGACAGCCCUGGGGGAGGCCAGUCUAGGAGGCCGCAGUCGGAGGGAUGAUCGGUGGCUGCUGGUGGCACUCCUAGUGCCCGCAUGCGUCUUCUUGGUGGUCCUACUCGCACUGGGCAUUGUGUACUGUACCCGCUGUGGCCCCCACGCACCCAACAAGAGUGUGACCGACUGCUAUCGCUGGGUCACCCACACUGGGAGCAAGGGCCCGACGGAACCUGCGCCCCACCGGGGCAGCCUCACAGGGGUGCAGACCUGCAGAACCAGCGUGUGAUGGGGCGCAGCACCCCCUCUGCGGGGUGGGGGAAAGAAGCAUGCGUUGGACACAUGUCUCAGGCUGCACCAGGGACCCAUGCGGGCUGCCCAGCUGGACAGAGGGCUUCCUGCUCCCCUGGGCCCAGCCAGACUCCUCUCUCACUCAACCACUAGACUUGACUCAGGAACUCUGUUUCCUGGCCCAGCACUCACGACAGAGGAGAUGCUGAGGCCUCCAGGACCUCUGGGGGUGGGUGCUGGGAUCUUCUCCAAUAAACGAGGUGCCAACCUCACCCAGA